AUGGUUUUGAACGAGGGGAAUGCGACGCAACUGGGGCGCGAUGCUGAGGCAACCAAGACUGAAAUGCAUUCGAUUUACUCUUCAACUUCCUCGACCAGUUGUCACACUCCUUCCUCUGGCUCCUCCUCUUCAUCUAUGGUAUCAGAUUGUAUUGCUUCUCCGAAAAAGCGCGGUGCUAAAAAGUCAGGUGCACGGAAGAGACAUACUCCUACAGACUACGAGUCUGACGAUUUCUCUCUCAAUGCAGGGUAUCGACUGAGACGUCGCAAGACCUCGCACCAAGUCUAUGGAGACGGUCGAACACCACUCGAGGAUUAUCCAUGUUCAAAACCCUUGUCAGAGGUGGCAGAAUUGCUUCGGCCCUUCCAAGUGAAGCCAAUUGAACAUUUCGCACAGAAUGCUGGCGUUCCAACUCCAGAUUAUAAACACGUGUUGGAAAAUGACUACGCCCUCUUGGAAGAUCGGCUACGCCGCGAAGGCGUUGACUUGACUUCCUCGGAACACCUUUCGCUUCAUCGACUAGGCGGUGGCGGCGACUGGGUCUGCGACUGUGCUGUACCUACCGCAGAAGAACUCCUGUCUGGAAAACUCGCCUGUGGACAAGGCUGCAUCAAUCGUGCUGUCUACAUCGAGUGUGGUUCCCGAUGUCCUGCCCAUGCUGUCUGCUCGAAUCGGCAGUUUCAGUUGCGGCUUUAUGCAUCCACAGAGCCAUACUACUGUGGGCCGGAGAAGGGUUGGGGUCUUAGAGCUCUACAGUCCAUUUCUAAAGGUACCUUCAUCGUGGAGUACGCUGGUGAAGUUAUUGAUUUUCCUGAAUUUCGACGUCGUAUUCGGCAGUACGAGAAGGCGAAGCGAGUGCAUCACUACUUCAUGUCUCUUGGUCCAGAACACUUUAUCGACGCCGGUACAAAAGGCAACUGGGCGCGCUUUGUGAAUCACUCAUGCGAACCCAACGCGGAAACUCAAAAGUGGAUGGUGAAUGGGAGGCUUAGGAUUGGCUUCUUUGCGAUUUGCGACAUUCCUGCUGGGGAGGAAAUCACCAUUGAUUAUCAGUUCGUCCAAUACGGCUUGACGGAGCAGAAGUGUUACUGUGGUACACCUUCUUGUUCUGGUAUCAUGGGAGCUACGAGCAAGCAGCUGCAGGAUAAAGUUCGACUAAAGGACACCAGAGCGGUCGAGCGUCGUAUUAUUCAAUUAUUGACUGCAAAGACCCUACAAACAGCAAUGGAUGUGACCUUCCUCAUUCAAGUGAUGGUUCAGGAGUACCUCACUCGCUAUACACGUCUGGAGUUGUUAAAACUCCUUGCUGAUACAGAGACAGAGAGCUACUUGAAGCUAUUUCGGCAGUACAACGGACUUGAACUUCUUGCCUCCUACAUGUGUGAUACAGCUCCAACAGACUGGGAACUGAAGUAUCAGAUCCUCAUCUGUCUGGAACACAUUCCAGUUACUGAGCAGAAACAAGUGCAGACGGAUUCGAGUCUGAUGGAGUUUGUGCGUCAAUGGACGAUGGAUCCGCGGUACUGCCGAUCCCGAAAUACUGGAACUGCUCCUUCCACACAACCGAUGGCGCCAUCAGAUGACACAAAACGUCUCGUUGAACCACAGCUCGCAGAGAUACCGGAGAAGAUGAUUGAGAUUUAUGACCAGCAUGAACAACAAAAACAGCAACCCGACGCCAAUGUUGUUAAAAUUUACUUACCGGAAGAGGAGAAGGCCAUAAUUGAAGACAUUCGCCAACUUGCUGAACGCAUUCUUAAUAGGUGGUUGAAACUCCCAGUGGAGACCUAUCGAAUCCCACGUCUCGAGCGUGAGGAGACAGAACAAUCGAUUCUACAAUCUUCGUGUUCUUCUCUCGUCUCAUGGGAGGCUUCUUCCACUCAAGAUGACGCAUUCCAAUCUUGGCGUCCAAUAGCACAAGAGGCACCAAGGAAUAGAUCCUCUCCUUAUUUCAAUGGUCGAACAGGCAACUUCAGCUCUUCAGGGAGAAGAAGUCAUCAAGAUUGUCAGAACGAAGUAUCAACAGACCAGAAUUUGAGUCGACUACAGCGACGAGCUCAAUUUGAGGCGGCUGCUGCAGCCGCUGCUUCUGCCAACUCGGAAACACCCACUGACGUCAACACUGAAAUCACAUCUUCAACCUCCUCUCCAUUCUCAGAAGAUCUGCGGAAUCUAUUAUUAAGGACCCUUUCUCGUCAGGCUUUGUCUUCUGAAAAACAAGGCGAAGGCUUUGGCGUUGCGUUGCAACAGGCCACUUCGGAAAUCUCGGCCAAGAUUCGCGAGUUUAAUACAAGAAAUGACAUUGAUGGGCUGAUCGCCUACCUGCAAAAGCUGGCUGGCGAGGAUCCUGAGACAACUCUCGAGUUCCCAUGGCGGUCUGCGGUGGAUUCCAAAUCAGGUCUGACCUACUACUACAACACUGUGACGCGUGAGGUUCGAUGGGAUCCACCGGUCCCGAAGAAGGAACUCUCGGAGGAUCGAGCGAAGAAAGAAUUUAUUGCAGGGAUCUAUGCAGUUAACUUAAAGAUUUUAAAACCGUUCCGACUGCCAAACUGCAUCACCGGACGCCUGGAGAGUGAUGAGGAUAUGAAAUAUGUUGCUAAGAAGGCAAGUACCAUCCACGUAUUCCUGCCAUUCUCUGGGUUGAGUGCUGCCAUGCGGAAUUUCGUUAAUUGCAUCAGGACGGAUGUGUUGCUCGACCAUGAAUUUGGCUCCGUUGAACUUGUUUGUGGAGCUUAUUUGAAAUCUGCUUCACGAGCAUUGAGUAAGACGGUCAUCACUCUCUUCCAGUUUGCUUUCGCCUUUGCGGAUCGGGAAAUGGCUCGACGCAAAAAUAAUGAGAUGCCGCGAUUGAAUCGCCAUAUUGUGGAUCGUCUGCGUCGUAAAAUUACUCGGUAUCUAACAUCCAAAGGUGAGGUCUACGUUCGUAGCAGCUUGAACUCCGCGAACGAUCCCUCUGCGGAUGGCUGUGACAUGGAAGUAGACGACGAUGAUGAUGAGAACAACGUUGGCGUUUGA